CUUUGCGGUUUGCAACGCCAUACAACCGCUGCGAUCGCGGGAAAACUUUACUGGUAGUUUUGGGUCGGCAAGUCGGAGGUAUAACUCGGCGCAGUUUGAGCUUUGUUUGCCCCAGUGGGCGAAUAGUGCCACGAGCUGCAACUCGUUUGAAAGACACAAGUUUCAACAGACCGUUACUUUCGGCUCGCUUGUGUCGAAUUCACGCGGUCUGGCUUCUACCAACGUCAACUGCGACGCGAUAAGACUAAAUGGCUACAAAUGAAGGGAAACAAAGGUGAUAAAGAAGAUUGUUCAACCUAGCGGUUUCGGUGCAGACAACGGUUGACUCGUGGUCCUGUUUUUAGCCACACCACAGCGUGCUCGUACCGCUAACCGCCGAGGUGUCCAUUGUGUGAGCAUCUGUGUGCUAUUCCACUGCCGCCCGACCCCCGGAGCACUCGCUGCCACCACACACCUGCCUCCUCCUACAGCUACAACUGUGUUCAGUUGGAUCUUUUUUUGUUUGUUUACUUUUUGAAUCCGCUCAUCCAAAAUGUGUUCUCGGGUUUGGUUCGUAACCGACCGGCGUAUCAGCCAGGAAUAUCCCCAACUUCAGAUCCUCCGGGCACUGAAGGAGCGCUGCGCCGACGAGGAUGUUGAAUUCCGCUCUCUUCUCAUGGAUCAAAUCGUGCUCACGAUCAGCGAGGGACAAUUAGGUCUGCGAGUGGAGCAGGAAUUGGUGACAUCUUAUCCACAGGUGGUGGUGGUACGGGUGCCCACGCCCUGGGUGCAAUCAGAUAGUGACAUCACCGUGCUGCGCCACCUGGAGAAGAUGGGCUGUCGGCUGAUCAACCGGCCCCAGGCCAUACUCAACUGCGUCAACAAAUUCUGGACCUUUCAGGAGCUGGCCGGCCAUGGGGUUCCUCUUCCUGACACCUUCUCCUAUGGAGGGCACGACAACUUCCGUAAGAUGAUUGAUGAGGCAGAGCCACUGGGCUACCCCGUGGUGGUGAAGAAUGCACGUGGCCACAGAGGCAAGGCUGUGUUCCUGGCUCGGGACAAACACCACCUGACAGAUCUGUGCCACUUGAUCCGCCAUGAUACCCCCUACCUGUUUCAGGAGUAUGUCAAGGAGUCACAUGGCCGUGAUGUGCGGGUGGUCCUGGUGGGCGGGCGUGUCAUCGGCUCAAUGCUACGCUGCUCCACUGAUGGUCGCAUGCAGAGCAACUGCUCCCUGGGUGGUGUAGGUAUGAUGUGCCCACUGAGCGAGCAGGGAAAACAGCUGGCCAUCGAGGUGUCUAACAUCCUCGGCAUGGAUGUGUGCGGCAUUGACCUCCUGCAGCUCAACGAUGGCUCAUUUGUGGUGUGCGAGGCCAAUGCAAACGUGGGCUUCAUCGCCUUCGACCAGGCCUGUGGCAUGGACGUAGCAGGCAUUGUCGCCGACUAUGCCCUGUCGAUGCUCCCCAGCCGCCUCACCCGCAAGAUGUCCCUGCUGUCCGUCGUGUCGAGCACUAGCGAGACGAGCAGUGAGCCCGAGGUGUGCCCCGUGCCCACCGGUGGCGGCUCGCUACCUGAGGCCGUAUGCAACAUGAGCGUGGGUUCUACCUCCAGCGAGAGUGACCCGGAACUGGCCGAGCCGCCCCAGUCCUCGCCCCGCAAGUCCACAGCCCCCACCCUGCCUGAUCUCCCUGACCUCCCCGAUCCAGCCUACAACUUCAAUACCCUCCUCGCCAAUGAGAUCAAAUUAUUGACUGAGUGAGAUUCAAGCAGUUUCAUGCACCCACAAACGCCACAAAUACAUAACACGAAUACACACACCUGUACGCAUGGCAACAGACAUUCCUUUUAAAAACACAUAUCAAUCCAAAAACUAUUAAAACAUGCAAUGUUACAUCCAGAACAAGAGCAGAGGUAAACAGAACACGUGUACAGAUACAGAAAUACAAACACCAAAAAAUGAGCUUUCUCCUACUAAAUCCCCUCACAAAAAAGAAAAGAAACAAAGAUCUGAGGCUGCUCCCCUGACUCUCCUCGCUUUGCACCUCUACUCCCAAACCCCACUAUCCAAACUUAGCUUACACUGCAGCAUGGUGGCGAGAGUGGGAUAUAGUACAUACGAUAACUGCCAAACUGGCCUAGUUUCUUUUUUGCAAAAUAGUGAGGGUGAAGGUGUUUGUUUUUGGGUUGGGUGUGGGAUUCCCAUAGAGGCAUACACCUGCCUGCCUGUACUUUUAUCCUUAUGAUACAAUAACAUUAUUAAAAGAAGAAUCUACAGUAUGUCAUAAAAAGGGGUUUCCUGCUGAGACUGUAGUCAGGUUUGGUGGAUUGGAGGCGAAAUGAAGUGGGUUUUUUUUUCAAGUGAUUAGCUCCUUGCAGGAGGAAUAAAUCCUAAUGCUAGGCACAUUAUACUGUCAGUUUCAAUGUAGCAAUGAAGUUCGCCUGCCAAGGACACAGAACAGGAUGGGACCCAUCCUGCUGCAACUGGAGAUGGAGAAAUUUCAUGUCAAAUUUAUUUCCAUUCAUAAUUCAUAAUUCAAGUGAUGAACUCACUCCACACUCCAAGACAAGAUGCCAUAUGUUGUAAAUCCAACUAAAACAGGUUGUAUAGACAAUGUUUUUCCUACCAGGUUAACAUUAAAUAACCAUAAUUUAAUACCCAUAAAAAUGCAAUUUUGAGUCAUUGAUAUUAAAAUGUAGCUGGAGCUGCAUCAUUGACAGUGACCAACAUUACAAACCGGUAGCACCAGAAAAUCAUCCAGGGUGCGAACAUAAUGCUCAUAAAUUAAUGUCUCUGUUCACUGUGAAGGAAGCAGACCAACGUAAUCAUACGCAAAACUGCCCUAACCUGUGCAAGGUGGUAGAAAUAACAAACACAGCAGCAAUUCUGUUGAAGAGUUACAACCUGGAAUAUAAAAAUGAGUUGAGUGCCAUUACUUGAUUUUAAAUUUUACAUUCCUACAUAGCUUGUUUGAUUAGCCUUACCAGCAGCAGCAGUCUGCUGCUUUUUAAAAUUCAUUCAAUGUCUAGCACUUUAUGAUAAACAAAUGCAUUUUUUUUCUCUCUCGCUCAGAUGACAUAUUUAGGAAACAUGAGACAGAGUGUGAACAAAAUAUACCUCAAAACAGUGACUUCUCACUGCCAUAGGAUGACAGAUAUUCAAACAUACAAUACAUAUCAGCCAGGAUCCUUGUGAUUUUCUAAUGGCCCCGAUACACCAGGUGUUCCUUCCCUUUAUGUCUAUGAGCUAAAAAGGUAGUUGUGUAUUAUUUUCUAUUUCUUCUUUAGCUUCUUUGUAAAUAUUUAGGUAGUGAAUUAGCUUCAGUGCAUACUAGUAUCCAGCUGAUGAAACUGGAACGGCUGAAAAACUGCCAACGUUGAAAUUUUCAUAAGCUAUUGUGGACAAACCUGUUUGUACAGACCUGCAAUACUGAAAGGUUGAAACUGAAAUUUGGUGCUAACAUUUCUGGAUUUGGUUAGAUGUGAUUUCUCAGUCUGAUAUGAUUUGUAGAUUUAACUUUUUAUUGUUUUCACCUUGUUUUUUUGAUAAAAAGAAGCAUCCUAAUCUACAAAAUAUGUUGGCAUGAUGUACAAAUAAAAAAUGGAAACUAUAUUUUUGCAGUCUCUUUGAAUAGAAUGUUACUUUUUCUUUCCUUAGAAAAGAAAGGAAAAAAAAAUCCAGGGAUUUCAGUGGCCAAGAGCUUAUUGCUCCCGGUUUUCAUUCCUGUUGAUUUACCUCCUGUGCGCCUUCUGAAAUAACUAUCAACACAAAGGUUCAUUAAGAAUAAGUUACAGCUCUGAUCAAAAGCACAAAUGUAAACCCUAAGUUGUUCCAUGUAGUGACGUCCACAUUUUUAGGCUCAUAACCCUUUCUGUUGAACACAACUCAGGGAAGCAGCCUGGAUCUCACCCCUGACCCCCAAAGGCACGACAUAUCCAUCCGAGCUAGAGACAUGUCAAAAACACAACACAUAUCCACAGGCAGACAAAAAGAUACACAAACAACAAUGAAAAAAAGGUUGUAAACUACAGUAUAAGACAAUGUGGUGUAUACCAUGGUUAACAUGCACUUUUUUUCCUUGCUUGUUUUAUAUUGUUCCUUGUUUUCUUCCUAAUUUAUGGUAUUUUUAAAGAAAAAAAGUGGUUUGUGUGCACUAAUAUUGUCUCAAUAAAGUGAAACCGCUGUGGAGCUUGAUUUUAUUUUCCUUUCUUGUGGGCCAAACUUACUCACUGCCUGGCAUCUAAAGGGCCUGCUUGAGGGUGCCAAAUCUAAACCCACCAGACAACGGGAAAGGCAGCUUUUAUUUAAAGUCUGCUGUCAAGUGAUCACAGUGGCUUCACUGAGAGAAUAACAGCAUUUACACGACUGUGAUGUUGUCUGAUAUCUACAUAAUGAAAGUAUCUGACAAGCAAACUGUGAAAUCUGCUGAUGUCCGCUCUCCUGACAUGCAAGGGCCGGUGGGCUUGAUCAUCACCAAGUCACAUCCCAACAUAAAAGCUUAUAUGGGCGAACUAUCUCCAGUUGUUGUUGUCCCCUAUUUUUUGAAGUCUUUGUCUUUGUAUUGAAGCCUGUGUCAUUCUUCAUCGUGUACGUCAGUGUAAACAGAUCACAUAUCCAUUCAAGACAUUAGCCCAUGUUAUUAAAAUCUGAAUUUUACACAUCAUCCGUAUGCAGGCAGAGCACAUCUAGCCAUCACAGGUUCAUUUAACUGUGCCCUAGCAACUUUUAAAAUGCCUUUUCACUGUCUGGUUUCUUUUGGGAGCAUUGAUUUGAGGAUCAUAGUUGAGUCAGGCGGGUUUCUUUCUGCUUGGACUUCAUAGAUCAGUGAUAAAGUGGAUACACAGGCAUGGAAGCUACUGAAAGAAAUGGGUACUGCAUGCUAGUGAUACAAGGAAGAAAGACAAAAAUGUGUGUAAAUCAUGAAAUGGUCAAAAGUGUAUUGUAUGUGCGGUGCUUGGCCAGCCUGGAACAAACACAUAGGGACCUCUGGACUAGUCACUGUGUACACAACAGAGCACAAGGUCGCUAGUUAAUUCCAAACUGCUGCUAAUGUAUAUUUGGCUCAAAAAUUAAAAAGGGAAUAUGCGGAAACCCAAGCGUUUCUGUCUUUUGCUGCCUCUCAACACAUAAAAAUGAAUCUGAAUGCCAAAAAAACAAACAUUUUGUGGUAUAAUUCAGUACUAAUAACACUAGUAGUGAGAUGAUUUUAAAAGUGAUUCUUUGUUUUGAUAUAAUGAAUAAAUGUUUCAGAAUUGUAUAUAAUAUGUAGAAUUUCACUGCAAUCAUCAGGUUCAUUUUACGUUAGUGUGUUUUAAAAUGAACCCGAGGUUUGCUUAAAGGUUUACAAUAAACUUUGAUUUUUGCAGGAGGAAAAUGCAAUGUUUAUGCCUCAGUCAAAUGCAGCUCUCUGCUGAUGAUACAUAGACAUUAGAAAUCUUAUCUUUAAUUCUAUCUGCAUCUAUGGUCAACUGAUGAAGAGGUUCUGGACUGCUUGGUACGAGAUGAACAAAAACAUUGCAUAAAAACGUUUCGAGCAAAUUCCCUCACCAUCACUCUGUUCUGUAUCAUUCUGACAGUGUUACAAACUGGAUUCCCAAAUCAAUCAUUCACAAAUG